AUGAAAUCCCGCUGCCGCAUUCACCCCUCGCACUCUGCCCACCCGCUCGCCAUCGCCUCCCUCCCACACUGGCGCUGGCUCAUCUGCGAGCGUGGCUACGCCAAUGUCCUCCCUCCCCCAGCACUGCGUCUCGUCGGAUCGCAGCCUAGUCGUGUUGCAGACCAGAUUCCCGUCUCUGGACAUCGUGACGCCGUGCUUGGCGUCUUGUACGAUAUGGAUGCGGGGGACGAGAAGAUCCUCGAUGGGUAUGAGGGCGUGGAUGAGGCGGCGGAGGAAGUCGAUGAGGACACGAGCGUGAUUAGUCCUGCGAUUCGGCCGAGGGAGCAAGGGGAGGGGAGCUAUAAUAAGUGGUACGUGGAGGCGGAGGUGGAGAAGUGGUUGGAUGAGAAGAGUUUGGAGGAUGGGGUUGCGGUGGGAAGUGCUGGUGGUAGUCAGGUCCCCGUUCGAGUUCGGGUCUUGGUGUAUGUGGAUGAGGAGCAUGUGCUCAUGUCGAGACCCAAAGCGGAGUAUAUUCCGCGGAUGGAUCGGGCGAUUCGGGAAGCAGAGGCUUUGGGGAUGGAUGGGAAGUGGUUGAAGGAGGUGCUGAGGAAGGAUAUUCCAGAGGUGUGA